AUGACGAGUGAAUCUAUCGAGGCGUUGAGCUACCCGGACCAGGGGAUGGGCCACAGACUGGGAAUGGAGCUGGAUAGUGGGGGGUUGGAGUUGACGUCGGUGGCAUCCCAGGCAUCAUGCCAGGCAUAUUCGGCAUGUUUGGAGGCAUACCAGGCAUACCGGGCAUUCCACCCAUCAUUCCUGGAUGCAUCAUACCCGGAUGCAUCAUUCCUGGAUGCAUCAUUCCAGGAGGCAUUCCCUGCAUUCCUUGCAUCAUUCCAGGAUGCAUUCCUGGAUGACCUGGAGUUCCUUGUGAUCCUGGUUGUUGUCCGUGUUGCCCAGGUGGUCCUCCUGGGUAUCCUUGUUGUUGCGCCUGCAUUUGUCUCAUCAUCAUCAUGUGGUGAUACAUCGGAUGAUUCGGUGGAAUUUGCGGAGGAAACUGCGGUGGAUUUGCUGGAGACGCACGAGCCGCCAUAUUCGGUGAUAACCCUGCGGCAGCGGCAGCGGCGGCUGCUUUCUGCUGAGCAUGCAUAUGAGCCAUAUGUUGCAUGUGCAUAA